GAGGCCUGCCCGGGGGGCCUGGAGCGGAGGGAGGCGGGGCAGCGCGGGGCGGUGGCCGGGUCCAGAGUCCCGGGAGGCCUGGCUGCAGGGGAAUGAAGCCUCCGCCUUCCCCGGCAGAAGCAUUUAAAUACGGCCGCGGGCCGGGGACUCGGGGAGCGGCGGGCGGAGCAGUGGGUAGAGCCUGCGGCUUGGGAGGAAGGCGCUGUCCGAGAGAACGGGAUCUGCUCGGCCGCUGUGUCCCUGCUUUGGAAGUGGUUCAGUGAUGGUUGAGAUUAAGAAGAUCUGUUGCAUUGGUGCGGGCUAUGUCGGCGGACCCACGUGCAGUGUCAUUGCUCACAUGUGCCCUGAAAUCAGGGUUACGGUUGUGGAUGUCAAUGAGGCAAGGAUCAAUGCAUGGAAUUCUCCAACCCUUCCUAUAUAUGAGCCUGGAUUAAAAGAAGUAGUCGAAUCCUGUCGAGGGAAAAACCUUUUUUUUUCUACCAAUAUUGAUGAUGCCAUCAGAGAAGCCGAUCUAGUAUUUAUUUCUGUGAACACACCAACAAAAACAUAUGGGAUGGGAAAAGGCCGGGCAGCAGAUCUGAAGUAUAUCGAAGCUUGUGCUCGCCGCAUUGUGCAGAACUCAAAUGGGUACAAAAUUGUGACGGAGAAAAGCACAGUCCCUGUGCGGGCAGCAGAAAGCAUCCGCCGCAUAUUUGAUGCCAACACAAAGCCCAACUUGAAUUUACAGGUGCUGUCCAAUCCUGAGUUCUUGGCAGAGGGAACAGCCAUCAAGGAUCUAAAGAACCCAGACAGAGUCCUGAUUGGAGGGGAUGAAACUCCAGAGGGCCAGAAAGCCGUUCGGGCUCUGUGUGCUGUGUAUGAGCACUGGGUUCCUAAGGAAAAGAUCCUCACCACCAACACUUGGUCCUCAGAGCUUUCCAAGCUGGCAGCCAAUGCAUUUCUUGCGCAGAGGAUCAGCAGCAUCAACUCCAUCAGCGCUCUGUGUGAAGCAACAGGCGCCGAUGUGGAAGAGGUGGCAACGGCCAUCGGGAUGGACCAAAGAAUUGGGAAUAAGUUUCUAAAGGCCAGCGUUGGUUUUGGUGGAAGCUGCUUCCAAAAAGAUGUUCUGAAUUUGGUUUAUCUCUGUGAGGCUCUGAAUCUGCCCGAAGUAGCUCGUUACUGGCAGCAGGUCAUAGACAUGAAUGACUACCAGAGAAGGAGGUUUGCAUCACGGAUCAUAGAUAGCCUGUUUAAUACAGUGACCGAUAAGAAGAUAGCUAUCUUGGGGUUUGCAUUCAAAAAGGAUACUGGUGAUACCAGAGAAUCCUCCAGUAUCUACAUUAGCAAGUACCUGAUGGACGAGGGUGCACACCUCCACAUAUAUGACCCAAAAGUACCCAGGGAACAAAUCGUGGUGGAUCUUUCUCAUCCGGGUGUCUCAGCGGAUGACCAAGUGUCCAGACUGGUGACCAUUUCCAAGGACCCAUACGAAGCAUGUGAUGGCGCCCAUGCCCUCGUUAUCUGCACUGAGUGGGACAUGUUUAAGGAACUAGAUUACGAACGGAUUCAUAAAAAAAUGCUGAAGCCAGCCUUUAUCUUUGAUGGUCGGCGUGUCCUGGAUGGGCUCCACAGUGAACUACAGACCAUUGGCUUCCAGAUUGAAACAAUUGGCAAAAAGGUAUCUUCCAAGAGAAUUCCGUACACUCCUGGUGAAAUUCCAAAGUUUAGUCUUCAGGACCCACCUAACAAGAAACCCAAAGUCUAGACAUUGCCCUCAUACCUGUGAUAAUGUGGUACUUCAGGGUUGCCAGUGUCUGUCUGAUACUAAAUGGUAAAUGAACUACAUGUUUUUAAGGAAACAAAAAUAUUUUUGUAAUCAUCAAAUUUAUACUAGCUAUAUGGGUGUUAGCAUAUCCAGUAAUUAUGAGUCUAGAAUAAUUUUUACAUAUUUUUAUAUUAUUGUCCUCUCAGUUAUUGAAUGAAUGGAAAACAAUCAUGUUGUUUUAACUGUCAGUUUUUAUAAAAUAAAAAUGAAACCUAGGCCUUUUCAGCAUUACAAAUUGUCUACAGACUGCACUUUAAUAAUACAAGGGAAAGGCAGUCUCGUUCUCCUAUGUGUUGUUUGUCUGCUUAUUAUUCAAUGGGACUUUGAAGCCAUGAAAUCACUGUGCUAGUAUGGGCUGGUUAAAGUUCGCUGGCCUUUUGUUUUAAUGGGAUUAUGUCAUUAGAGGUUUUGUUUUUUGUUUUUCCCAAGAGCUCACUCUGCAUUUCUUUCCCUGCCUAACUUGAACAGUGCUUUCUUUUUUAAACAAAUAUAACCUGAGGAGAAAAUCAGCAGUAUGUCUAUUUCAUUUUGUUUCUUAGCUUCUGUAGCUGCUUGUUACAUUUGCAUCUAUGAGUCAAGAAAUGUUUGUUAUCUUUAUUUUGAUUUUUUAUUUCUAUUACAAUUAAAUUUUUUUCCUUUAAGCAAACAAAUAAAAUCUCAUGUGUAAACUGGAAA